AUCUCAGAGAUUUGGUUAUCUUCUUCUUCUUCGCAUUUAAUUUCAUUUCUCUCUUUCAAGUUUCAAUACAUCGCUUUUCCGGUCUGGCUAACAUUCAGGAGAAAAGUCUGGAAGAAUCCAGAAACAAGAGGGUGGUGCUCGCCCUAUAUGAAGCCUUGAGUUCACGGGACGUCGAUCUGGUCCAGAAGCUUCUGGCCGCCGACCUCGAGUGGUGGUUCCACGGCCCGCCGUCGCACCAAUUUUUGAUGCGCACCCUCACCGGCGCUGCCGCUCCGUCCGAUUCGUUCCGGUUCGUGCCGCUCACCGUUGACGCCAUUGGCCCCACCGUCUUCGUCGAGGGCUGCGAUUCUGAUCGCAACAUCACCUGGGUCCACGCCUGGACCGUCACGGAUGGGAUAAUCACCCAGGUCCGGGAGUAUUUCAACACAUCCCUCACCGUGACCCGACUCGGAAACCAAGCCCGGUCCAGCUCCUUCACUCCCGCCCGCUGCCCCUCUGUUUGGGAGAGUAGUCUCUCAAAUCGGGUCGGUAAAUCAGUGCCGGGCCUCGUUUUGGCUAUUUAAUCGGGCCCACCCGGCCCGGCCUCGUCACUACAGUACCCGAACUGGCGCGUGUUUGUUUUCGUAUACUGUGCUUGUCCACCGUUACUAUCCUGCGACUGCGGAGCUUGACGGCUAGGAUGUGUCAGAAUUUGGUUUGACUUUUCUUUUAAAAAUCUUGUGGUCUGUUUGGUUUAUUUUAUAUUUUGUGUUAAGUAGAGGACAAAGCUUGUUGCCCGAGUCAAACGGGGACCAUGACGGUUCGUAGGCCUCUGGAUUGCGGGUGUAAGACUAUGUCCAAUGUAAUACGCGUUUGGAUUGCAAUAAAGUUGUUUCUGUUCAAAUUGUGUACAUAUAUGGGAACUGCCAUUCCUAGUCCCUACCGUUUUGGGGAUUCUAAAUGUUUGGGACCUUCAUAUCUAAUAUUGUUACGUCACCUAGUUACAUACAAGUAUAUACUUAGUAUAUAUCUAAAUGUUUGGGACCUUCAUA